AUGUCUUACCUCUUUAAGCAUUCUAGCGUCGGAACUCUAGCACAUUACAUCAAGCACCGUAAAUUCGACUAUGCUCGAACAACCGCAAAACCAAUAUCUGCUUCAUCGUCAACCGACGAUCUCCCUUUCCCGAAGGAAGGCAUCACAGACGCGGCUAUCGGUACAGAGCUUAAGCAGCAUCAAACUACGCUUGUCGAUUGGAAUGGACCAAGCGACCCAAGCAACCCUCAGAACUGGCCUCAAUCUCACAAGAUACUUGUGACUGUGUUGCUAUGUGUCUACACCUUCGCCGUGUACGUCGGCUCUUCGAUAUACACAUCCUCACAGCAAACGGUCAUGGACAAGUUCGGUGUCAGCCAUGUUGCUGCUUCGCUGGGCAUUGCGCUCUACGUGCUGGGCUACGGUAUCGGAUGUCUGCUCUUCUCACCGUUAUCUGAAGUACCAGCCAUAGGCAGGAACCCUCCGUACGCGAUUUCCGGCUUUUUCUUCAUCAUCCUGUGCAUACCCACCGCGCUGGUAGACAACUUCGCUGGUCUAAUGGUGCUGCGUUUCCUUCUAGGAUUCAUGGCCUCGCCCUGUCUCGCAACCGCCGGUGCAUCUCUCGGAGAUAUAUGGACCAUGGCCGAGUUCCCGUUCGCUGUGGCGCUCUGGGCAGCCGUCGCAACACUAGGCCCUGCGCUGGGUCCGACUUUAUCUUCAUAUGCUGUCAAGGAUUUAGGAUGGCGCUUCUCGAGCUGGGAACUGCUCAUCAUCGCCGGUCCUGUAUACCUUGCCAUACUGUUGAUCCUGCCAGAAAGCUCUGGGCCCACCAUCCUGUACUACAAAGCCAAGCGCAUGCGAGAGGAUACCGGGAAUCAAGAGUUGAUGUCAGCCUCCGAGCGAAAGCAGAGGAACAUGAAAGUCGGUAGCCUGCUGUUCGAUGCGCUUGUCAAGCCCUGGGAGAUCAACGCCCUGGAUCCUGCUAUCUUGUUCACGACGGUGUACAUGGGUUUGUGUUAUGGUAUCUACUACUCCUUCUUCGAGGCAAGUACUCACCUUGAUCAGAUCUCCCUACCCCUCGUAUACCCUGUGUAUUACAACUUCAAUGCCGAGUCCACAGGCCUCAUCUUCCUCUGCAUUCUCCCAGCGUGCCUGACCGCCUUCGCCGCACAUGUGCUCUACCUCAAAUACCGCGUAUUCCCACGCCUCAUGAAUGGGACGUUCGGCGAGCUCGAGAACCAUCUGUGGCCUGGUAUGAUUGCCAGUCCGGUCAUCGCAAUAGGUUUGUUCAUGUUCGCAUGGGCAUCAAGACCUUCGGUUCACUGGAUUGUACCUACAAUCGGCCUCGGUCUUACGUGUUUUGGGAUUUACUUCAUCGCUCAAAGUGUCCUGCUUUACAUUCCCAACAUCUACCCGACAUACGCAGCCAGCAUCUUCAGCGCCAAUAGUCUUAGCAGAAGUGCGUUUGCUUUCGCGGCAAUCCUGUUCGCAAGGCCCAUGUUUCAGGGUAUCGGGAUUGAUGGUGGUGUGAGUUUGCUGGCAGGGUGCAUGGUGCUUUGCUCGUUAGGAAUAUUUGCGCUGUACAGGUUUGGCAAGACGUUGCGCGAGCGGAGUCGCUUUGCUGUUGUUUGA